CGCUCACCUCAACCUACCCCGCGACUGGCUCUCGGACGACGAACCCCCAUCUCCAUCUCAAGUCUGGGAAGGCAGUACCACUCCCCCUCCACUUCCAGGCCGUCCCUUCUUCGGCAGAAUGGACAGCGUCGGCAACGUCCCCCCCAAGACCUUGACCGGUACUUUCGAUAUCGUCGAGACCUACCAUCGUAUCCUUGAAGAUGAUCCCGAAAUCACCAUGCCAGUUGCUGCUAUCGAAGCAUUGGUUGAGCUCCUAGCACAAACCGACGCGGUCACUGUGUACGAAACCCUCGAUCUCAUUCAGACCCAAUCCGCCUUCUUGAAGAUGAACAUUCCCAACUCCAUUCCUCUCCAAGCUGGUACAGAGCUCUUCCAGCAAUACAUCCUCUCUUGCCUCAAGCCUUCCAAGACCAGUUCCGGCAACUUCGAAGCCGUUCGUCAACAUUUGGUUAGCAACGGUAGGCUUUUUGUUCAUCGCGCCAAGAACGCUCGGGACAUGAUUGCUAGGCACGGACAGAACUACAUUCGGGAUGGAAAUAUCGUCUUGACCCAUGGCGGAUCGAGAGUCGUUGGGGCUUUGUUGCGAAAGGCUGCGGACGUCAAGAGAGCCGGAGGCAACGUUCGCUUCAAGGUCAUUUACGUUGUGAAGGACCAGAGAUCCAUUGAAUGCAGAACUGUCAUUGACUCGUUGAGAGCUAAGGGCAUUCCGGUUGCUGAGAUUGAUGAAGGCACGGUCGCAUAUGCUAUGAGAAAAGUCGAUAUGGUCAUCGUUGGUGCUGAGGGCGUCGUCGAGAACGGUGGAAUCAUCUCAAGAUUGGGCACUUUCCAGAUUGCUCAACUGGCCAUGGCUGCCAAGAAGCCGUUCUACGUCGCCGUUGAGACGCAUAAAUUCGUUAGAGAAUUUAUAUUGUCACAAGACGACAUGGAAUCCGACAUUGACCAGAAGAUCAUUCGUUUCGAGCCUGAUUACGUCGAGGACCCAACUCCCAAGACUCCGAUCCGCAAUGCCGUUGACUUCACUCCCCCGAAGUACAUUGCUGCCCUCAUUACUGAGAAUGGUCCCAACGUCGUCGCUGCCGUUAGUGAGCAAUUGAUUUUCUUGUACAGCGUCUAGGCGUGUACAUGUGUACCAACAUUGUAACAUACACCAAUAAAGUCCAACGGGCCCGUUUCGGGUGGGCAACGACGUAACGACAUGCAAGGAAAUGAUAAUGAAAGAUAAUGACCAU